CGCGUCCCAGCUCGAGGAAGUCCGCGAGUACGCAAGCUCGCACAAGAUCGAAUUGGGACGCAACCAAGGUCUUAUGAGGAGACUUGAACCAGCAAGUUAAGGUGACAUGUUGGGGUCCGUGGUAGUAGGUGUGGGCAUCGCCGGGUCUGUGAGGAUACGAGACCUGCUCGCUCCUCUGUCCUCCAGCGCUGCAGAAAAAUUCACCGUGAAGGGAUUUGUGUCCAGGAGGACGCUGCCGGAGCAGCACGGAGUCAAACAGAUCUCCGUUGACGAGGCUCUGAACAGGAAUGACAUUCAGGUGGCCUUCGUGUGCACAGAAAACUCCAGCCAUGAAGAGCACAUCAGGCAGUUUCUGAACGCGGGGAAGCAUGUGUGUGUGGAGUACCCGAUGGCCCUCAGCUACAGCUCUGCAGCUGAUCUGUGGGAUUUGGCCCAGCAGAAAGGCUUAGUUCUGCACGAGGAACAUAUCGAGCUCUUCACUCCAGACUACAAGCAGCUGAAGAAAGACAUAGCUGGGAAACAGCUGGAAGAGGGAAGCCUGCAUUUCACAGGAGGCUCCCUGAAGCCUGACUUUGGGUUCCCCUCCUUUAGCGGCAUCGCUCGUCUAACCUGGCUGGUCGACCUUUUUGGCAAACUCACUGUUAAGGAGGCAACGCUGGCUGAGGAUGAGGAGAAAAAGUAUAUGAAGUUGACUGCCCACUUCUUAACCAAGGAUCAGAAACCUCUCACCUGGAUCGAGGAGCGGGGUGUAGGCAUGGGCCGGGCCAAACACAUCCACCUGCGCUUCGACUCCUGCACCCUGACGGAGCUGCCGGCCGGUCAGAGGGAGCCCGUGGGCCUCUUCAUGCAGGACCUGGUGCUGUUCGGCCGCAAGCUGCAGGGCGAGGUGCCCACCGAGGAGCUGCAGGCAGAGCGGAGCCGAAUCCUCCACUGCCUGCAGCUCGCGGACAACAUCCAGCAGUUCUGUCAGAGCGCAGCGGCCUAAAACAUUCACUCCACACCAGGCCACCUCCAGCUGCUCGGUGACAAAGACGCACAAAAUUACCAGCCAAGGAGAGUUUAUACACACACAUCUUUGUCAGGUUUGCAGUGGCAUUUUUAGUUCAUUUGGGAUUUUAUUUUGGAUCAUCAUAUAGUUUUUUUUAUUUCUGUGAGAAAUCUGACACUUUCCUCUUAUCCCAAACGUAGUUUGUCAGCUGAGACAUUAGGUGUCAGCAGAAACUGUUACUUAUAAAAAUAGACAAAGGUAGAGAUGAAAUUCAGUCUUCAAGCUAAUGCUGUUUUUAGUUAUGCGAGGCACAUUUUUAUACAUAACAGUAUGUCAUACAGUGGAAGAAACCCCAUAAGCAAGUCUAUUUGAGAUUACUUAGCAACUUGACAGGGUUUGUGGUGAAUGAUUUAGCCAUGCAGUUAGCACAAGGCUAAUUGGUGGUGUACAUUAUGGAUGGGUAAUACGAAUAUUAUCACGAUAAAUUACGAUAAAUUAUGACACAAUUUGCAUGGUUUACAGUAGAAAUAUAAAAAUAGUACUGGCUAACUGCAUGUUUCAUUACAAAGAUAGCAUAAUUAGACUUUAAUCGAAUUUAGUUCAGUGCAAUAUGUGAAACAUUAAAUAAACAUUUUUUCCCACAUAUCAAACUCCAUGGAAACAUACAAAUGUCUUCAAAUAUCGUGGUAUUGUAUUUUUUCCAUGUCGUCCACCCCUACUGUACAUAAGCUUCCAUUACUUGUCAGCUACGUUAGCCUCAUAGCUCCAUUGCAAAACUAAAGAAGACACCAAACGUGGCUGAACUACUUUUGGGGUAGGAAGAGGGGAUCGUUUACAUUUUCACUGCACCACUCCUAUAAUACACCCUGUUACAGCUAAGUACUGCGAGUGAACUGAAUGCUUGAAUUUGUUUUUAUUUGAAUAACCAGAACAGUUCUGAAUUCAAAGUAACUGUUCAAUCCUCACCUGUGUAGCACAGAAUCAUUUGCAUUGUGAACUGUGUGAAUUGCAUUAUAUCUCUAAUUUCACCAUCAUAAAGGGAAGAGAAAAUUGCUAUGAAAGCAGUGCUGGCUGGCAGAUGUUCUGAACAGGCAGUUCCCAGACUGCAAGUGUUUAAAGUGGGGUUCUAUGACUAAAGAAAUUAGGGCUUGAAAAAUAUAUAUCGUUUGGCAGACAAUAUAGUCCGAUAUCAACAACCCACAUCGAUAUCAGUUUUAUCGAUAUCAGCAAAAAUUUUGCUGAUUGUUAGCAACUUUUUUGGUUGCAGCAUCACCGAAAUUCGGACUCUCCCACCAGGAGGGUAAGCCUGGCUUUACA